GCUCGAACGUUCAACGCGAAGAGAGAUUAAGAGAGAUUACAUGGUAAGGAUCGUUUUUUCUUUUCUCUGCUUUCAGAUUGACUAUCGGAACGCAAAAUGGUAUCGAGGCGGAAGAUACUUUCGCGUUCGCGAGAUAAUCUCGUGGAGUCGCAGUACGAGGAACAAGAUGAAGAAGACGUGUGGUAUAACUUGGAUAAAUUGUACAAGGAUCACAUACAAGAGGUCUUAGAUAAAUGGAAUCAGAUAGAUGACGAAAUUUGGGCGAAAGUUAUCGUUUUCGAGAGGAACAGACGGGUUGCGAAAGCGUAUGCGAGAGCACCUGUCCUUACGAUAAACGGGUCUAAUGACGGAUUCGACGGAUUCAGGAUAGGGCUUUGCGGAUUUGAUAAUCCUAUGAGAGACUCGAAAACGGAAGAGGCCAAGCGUCACAUAAACCAAGGAGUUAAAAUAAAGAUGGAUGAACAGGGCAAUAUUCUCAUCAAGAGAUUAUGUAAAAAUAACGUGUAUGUGAAAUCGACGAAUCAAGAGGACAAUGCGAUCGGUCCAGAGAUCAUACGUAAUUCGCAGGGCGCGCUCGAGCACGAGAAACCCGGAAAGCUGUUCGACAUGAAUAAAUUUCAAACGAAUCUGUCGCGAGAGACGCGAAGGGCUUAUCCGGAUAGACGACGAUUGGAGAUGCAAUGUCUGAGCGCUAUCAUAUUCGUGAGAACGGAAGCCGACUUGCUUCAGUGCCCCGUAUGGGUGCUCAUCGUCAACGUGGUAGGAUUGGACAUGCUCAAGUCUAAGCUCCCACCAGUUCUAGCAUUACAGAGGCCGGUGGAUAUAAAGAAUAGACCUAGAAUACCAAUUCCUGACGAAGAUCCCUACAGCGUGGCCGGUGUGUCAUCGUCCGUAGGUCCUAGCGAAAUAAUGUCGACGGACAGGGACUCGCGGGAGCAAAUCUACAUGCAGUCGACGAGUUACCAGCAUCGACGUGCUGAGAGACCGCCAAAAUUGCCGCCUCGAGAAAAUCUUUAUGGCCAUGGCAUCCCCAAGCCUGAUUACGACGAUAUAGAGGAUGACUAUGGCAGAGCGAUGAAGCACCACAUGAUGGAGGAGAAACGAAGUAAACACGACGAUAGGAAAAAAUACGAUGAUCCAUAUUAUUGCGGCUUACGGGCACGUGUGCCCAAUUUCGUCAAAAUGGCGAGAAAUGGUCACAGCAAAAUGGGUCCUCCUCCGCCUCGAGGACAUCCCAGGACACAGCCGGCGCCGUCUUACGUAGGCGCCGCUUACGCUAGUAGUCAAUCAUCCCAGAUAUACGGGCACCUACCAGCCCAUCGGCCGCCCAUUAUGUAUCAUGCCAGAAGCUUUGAAAGCGGGCUUGGAAUGAGUCGCCGUAUAAUCACAUAUACGGAAGGUUACCGAUCCCGACGAGAGGCGUGAUACCUCCGACCUCGCGUGCUAUGUAUAUUGGAGAGUGGGAUUAGAUGUAAGAACUAUC